AUAAAUAUGGUUGGAUAAGUCUUUGUUAUAAUAAAGGACAGGAAUAAAAGAAGCAUGGGCACAAGAAUUUUAAGUAGGAGUUUGGCAAUAUAUGGGUAUUCAAUAAUUUGCGGUUUUUCAAGAACCGACACCUUCAUCCGCUUAUUGACCACAAUCAAAGGAGGGAUGUGUCCAAUAAAUUAGUACGAGGAAAAUUUCAAAAGAAUUGUGCAUAUAAUAUCUCUUGCUAGUGUGCCAUUAAAAUUAUGUAUAAGAAAAUUACUGUAGGGGUUCAAUUUUUUGUCUGACAUUGUCAAAAAUGUGUCCUUAAUUUGUGUCCUGCAAUAAAAUGUACUCUUUUAGUUGUAUUAUAUUUUUGUCUGUGUAUAUUUCCUUUCUCGGGUUGUUGCAUAUUGUUGAAGGACAACGUGGUCUGAAUGAUAAUGACUAUUCCAACUCUCAAUACGGUUCAUUAUUUCCAUACGUAGACCCUGACGGCGUUUCAGCGGAGGACAUUAUUUUGCAUGCAAAACAAGAUCGAUACACGGACCCUAAUGACCAAUCUCGAAGUUCCCAUCAAACUCGGGACAGUUCUUAUCAAUCUUAUCAACAGGGCCGAAGGGGUUCAAAGCAAAGGCCGGUUACUCUGCAACAGUCGCCUCAUCGUCCCCUCUUUCCUCAGUGGUCAGGGCCGAAACCAUCUCAUUUGCAAAAUUCACAAAAUGGUCCAGUCACUUUUCCGGAAUCACCUCCUUUAGGAGAAAGCUUUAAAGCUGACGCUGAGCCACUAGUGGUCUCAAAACCAUCUCCUCAUCAAUGGAUUUUCGGACGGAAUAAGGAGGACAAACUUAAUUUAAUUUCAUGGCUCAUCGAUGGUUGCUACUUUUACACCAAGAAGGAUGAAGUUCAACAGUUUUUACCUACGUCAACUUAUGAGAAAUGCAAACAUGCAGAUAAUCCUACAGAAAAUCCAGAUAAUGAAAGUCAUCCGCCAGAAUUUCAGACUUACGACGGAUUUUUUAAUAACCCUUUCAAAGUAGACUUGGGAGCAGUGGAUACACCUCUCCUCCGAAGGGUCCCCCCAGUUUACAAGGACGGUACUUAUGAACCUGUUGAGGGGGAAAGAAUAAACCCCUUCAAGGCAAGUAAACUGAUGGAAAGAAAACCAGGCUGCACGCAGCAUGACCCAUUAAGUUCGAGUGGUCCAGAGGGUUGCGGAUCAAAGACUGGCAAAACUGCUUUUCUCGUCUAUUUUGGGCAACAAGUUGUGGAAGAACUUUUAGAUGCUCAGCGACCAGGUUGUCCACCUGAAUACUUUAAUGUACCAAUUCCACCAGAUCACGAAUUUUCUUCUGAAAAGAAUGAAAGUGGAAAGUCUGAAAUGCCGUUCCUAAGAUCCAGAUGGAGUCAAAAUUCUGGACACUCACCAGGCAAUCCGAGGCAACAGCUGAAUGAAAUUACGCCCUGGAUUGAUGGUGGUCUCAUUUACGGGACGGCAAAGGGAUGGGCAGAUGUGUUGAGGACGAAUCCGGAUGGGACUUUGGUACCUCAUGGACUUUUGGCUUCCGUCGACAACAAAGGCUACUUCCCAGCGAUAAAUAAGUUAAGGUUACCAUUAGCAAAUCCACCACCCCCUGCGCACCACAGUGUCUGGACUAAGCAGCAUGAAACUGCAAAUGUCAACAGGUUUUUCGUGCUUGGGAAUCCACGUGGAAAUGAAAAUGCUUUCCUAUUAUCUUUUGGGGUGGUCUUAUUCAGAUGGCACAACUUGAUUGCCACCUAUUUGCAUGAUAGUCGGCCAAAAUGGAGUGGUGAACGAAUUUUUCAGGAAGCCAGAAAAUGGGUGAUAGGAACUUAUCAAAACAUUGUAAUGUAUGACUGGAUUCCCGAGUGGCUCGGAGACUCGUUGGGCGAGUACGAAAAAUAUGACCCCAGUAUUGACCCUCAAAUCGAGCAAUUUUUCCAAACUGCGGCCAUGCGGUUUGGUCACACAUUGGUCACACCUGGAGGAUACAUACGAGACUACGCUUGUGCCCAGUGCAAACUUGUGGCCUUUGCAGGUUUGGGAGGUCACAAAGGAAUGCACACUGCACAAGAAACGAGUCGAAAUUCAGCUGCGAGCUAUGGUGCUGUCCGAACAUGUAACAUAUUUUGGCGACCUCAGGAACCACUUCUAAUGAAGUACGAAGAUCAUCCUUGUGUUGGGGAAAGCGAUCGUGAUUUUGCCGACAUUGACAGAAUGCUAAUGGGUCUAGCUUCGCACAAAUCAGAACGGGAGGAUAACAUGAUUGUUGAGGAUUUGAGAGGCCGAGUAUUUGGACCAUUAGAAUUUUCUAGAAGAGAUUUAAUGGCCGUCAACAUUCAAAGAGGAAGAGACCACGGGACUCCGGACUACAAUACUGCACGAGAAGCCUUCGGGUUGAAUAGAAUUACAUCAGUUGACGAGUUUUUCAAAGAAACGAAAUCUGCAACUCCGCGUGAAAUUGUUGAAGAACUUGAGCGAAUUCACAGAAAAAGUCACAACAGUUCGACAAAAUUUUUAUGGGAUAAUAUCGACGUGUGGACAGGUGGGAUUUUGGAAACGACCUACAGGCCUGGGCGUCUUUUUAGAGCUAUCAUCAAGGAUCAAUUUGCAAGAAUCAGAAAUGCUGAUCGAUUUUGGUUUGAGAAUAAAAAUUGGAAGAAGGAACGGUUCACGGCCACACAAAUAGAUAGGAUAAAAACACUAAAAGUUUUUGACAUUAUUGUGUCAGUAACAAAAAUGCUUCCCGAGGAUAUCCAAGCAAAUCCUUUCCGCGUGCCAACGGAGGUGUUCAAGCAACAAUCACCGCAAUGCUUCAGUGCUCAAAAUAGCAGUUGGGAAACUGGAAGAUGUUACACAUUUGACAACGAAACAGAAUUACCGACCAGUCUUCAACCCAAUACUUGCUACCAUUUUCCUCAGCUAGACUCAAGCCUUGUCCCUGUCGAACAAUGUACUGGACUUUCAUCGUAUGAUUAUUUCGAUGGCAGUGAGAUUUCGUUUAUAACGACUUUCACAGUAAUUGGAAUAAUUAUUCUGGUUAUUGCUUCAUUGGUGCCCGUGUUUGCUUCAUUUCGACAAAAGGAGAAGGACGCAGCUAUGAGACGAAAAACUAAAUUGAAAUCAUUUAUCUCGGAAUCUGGUUCAUAUGACUCACCAAUCUCAGCUCGAGAAUAUCUUGGGUCGAAAGAGGGUUCUCGGGCUGUCGUGUUAAUUUUUACGCCAAACAAAGUGCUUGAAGUACGAUCUCAUAAGGACGAACUGCUCCGAAGCGUUGACUUUUCCAGAGCGGAUGAACUUGACGUUAUUUUAGUCAACGAUGGGAAGCACGUUGUCAUAAAAAAUCCUAAAGAAUAUGAUUGUGUCUUCUCAUUUGAAGGGAAAAUACUCCGAACCUCAUUUGUCACUCAAUUGAAGAAACUAUUUCAAGAAGGAAGCACCAAAAUAAAUGAGAACACUGGAAGUCUUCAUCAAUCUUUGGCUUCCGCUUUAACCAAGGAUAAGCGACUAAGGAAGCUGGACAAAUUUUUCAAGUUGGUGUUCGCCCAAGCCUUUUCUAUAGAUCAACCCAAAGGAGAAGCCGAACUUGUGGACCCUAAGCUCAUCAGGGAAGUUAUUCGAACAGAACUGACCAAAGCUGAAUUUGCAAAUGCAUUGGGAAUGGAAUCAGGUUCUCAAUUUGUGGAGAAAAUGUUUGGAUUAAUUGAUCGAGAUGGAAAUGGUUACAUUAGCUUCAAGGAGUUUCUAGAGAUGCUUGUGACCUUUGCUAAAGGGACGGCAGACGAAAAGUCUCGACUUAUGUUCGAAAUGUAUGACAUCAAUCGAAGUGGCACCUUAUCUCCCGAUGAAUUCAAGGGUAUGAUAAGGUCCAUGGUUGAAGCAGCCAAUGCGGAUGUGGAUGAGGAAGAGUUGGAGAAAAUGACCAAACUGAUGCUGAAAGGACUCGGUCGUGAUUCUGAAAUAUCACUUCAUACUUUUCAACGACUAAUGUCCCAAUACCAAGAUACACUGGGUUACGCACAAUUAAAUUUUUCUGGAGUUAAUGUACCCGAGUCGCAACCGAUGGCUAAAUCAGGAAGAAAAAGCUUCAAUGAUAAAGCUCGAGCUACCAUUUUGAGCAUAUACGGAAUGGAUUCUAUUAUGGAGGAAGGGAUUAAAGGGAUUGACCAAGUGCCAAAGGAAAUUGAAAGGACGAGUGUGACUAUUACACCGGGAGAAGCCGCCCAAGGUCCAUUAUCUCGAUGGAUUGAGCUAUACCGAUUGCAAAUUUUCUGGGGAAUUAUGUAUACACUAAUUUUCAUUGUCAUUUUUGUGGAGAGAGCUUAUGUUUACUCAGUGGAAAAAGAACACGGGGGUCUCCGAAGGAUUGCAGGUUAUGGCGUGACCGUGACCAGAGGAGCCGCGUCCGCAAUUAUGUUUACUUUUGCAUCGCUUUUGCUCACAAUGUGUCGCAACAUAAUUACCAGACUCCGAGAAACAUUCCUUCACCGUUUCAUCCCCUUUGACAGUUUCAUCGGCCUGCACAAGUUCAUUGCAAUCCUUGGGCUCGGAUCCUGCCUUAUUCACAUUGUUGGGCAUGCCAUCAAUUUUUAUCAUAUUUCCACCCAAACGGCUUCCGAUCUAAGUUGUCUCUUUCGCGACUAUCACAGACCGACUCACAUUCUACCGAAAUUUCAUUACUGGGCCUUCCAAACAGUCACGGGCUUGUCAGGAAUUGCAUUGGUGAUCCUUGGAGCCUUGAUUUACUCAUUUGCGACCAAUUAUGCGAGAGCAUUCGCUUUUCGAAUGUUUUGGAUCACCCACAACAGUUACCCACUAUUUUACAUCUUAAUGUUAAUCCAUGGAAGUGGGCGUUUGGUUCAGGAGCCGCUAUUUUUCAACUUUUUAUGUGGACCCUUGAUAAUUUUUGUGCUGGAUAAAUUAAUCUCUGCGGGAAGAAAGCAAGUGGAAAUACCAGUUUUACGAGCAGAAAUCCUCCCCUCUAACGUGACCAAGUUGGAGUUUGCGAAACCUGCUGGGUUUGAGUACAAGUCAGGUCAGUGGGUGAGGAUCGCCACGGCCGCACUCAGCGCACGAGAGUUCCACCCAUUCACCUUGUCCUCCGCCCCACAUGAGCCACACCUGUCUUGCCACAUCAGAGCCGUUGGUCCAUUUACGGCCAACAUUAGACAAAUUUAUGAGCGCUCCCUACCGAAAUUAUUCUUGGAUGGGCCCUACGGGGAAGGUCAUCAGGAUUGGUGGCGUUAUGACGUAUCUAUUCUCGUUGGGGGAGGAAUUGGUGUAACUCCAUUUGCGUCAAUUCUUAAAGAUGUGGCUUACAGUUCAAAUCCAAGAAAUUGCAAGAAAAUAUAUUUCCUAUGGGUAACUCGUACCCAAAAGCAAUUUGAGUGGUUGGUGGACAUUAUUCGAGAGGUGGAAGCAAACAAGUUGAUCUCGGUUCACUUGUUCAUUACGCAGAUUUACAACAAAUUUGAUUUGAGAACUGUUCUCCUGUAUGUAUUUGAAAGACACUUUCAACGAAUUAACAAUCGUUCUCUUUUCACUGGUUUGAAAUCUACAACUCAUUUUGGAAGGCCUAAUUUCGUCCAAUUUUUUAAGACUUUGAGGUCCAUCCAUCCUAAUGUAUCAAAAUUUGGAGUUUUUAGCUGUGGACCAUUUCCUCUCACAAAAACUGUUGACGAGGCUUGUGAAGAAGUGAGUAGUUUAACUGAUGGAGCUGAAUCUAUAUUUCAGCACCAUUUUGAAAAUUUUUAAUUGUUAUAAAAUUCUGCAUUCUGAAUAUAUUCUCAAAAUUCA